AUGGAGUCGCAUCCAAACACUUCCUCCCAAGAGGACUCUCUGCUUCACGACCAUCAGGACGAAGACCCUUUCAAAUCAAAACUCUCGAAAGAAGCGGACAUAGUCGCCGGGUUUUAUUUAUUGGUAGUCGGGAUCCUAUCCACCUUCGGCAAUGGAUAUGUCAUUUAUAUGUCUGCCCAACGGAAAAAGAAGCUGAGGCCUGCUGAGAUCGUGACUGUCAAUCUAGCCGUGUGUGACCUGGGAAUCUCAGUGGCAGGGAAGCCCUUCAGUAUCAUUGCCUUUUUCUCCCAUCGCUGGAUUUUUGGCUGGAGUGGCUGCCGUUGGUAUGGAUGGACUGGCUUCUUCUUCGGCAUUGGGAGCCUCAUUACCAUGACAGCAGUCAGCCUGGACAGAUAUCUCAAAAUCUGCCAUUUGGCUUAUGCGAUGGAGUCCGAGAGACCAUCAACAUCGACUCCAGCAUCGAGGCCUGCCUCUGACAUCGGUCAACCAACAUCAAAACCACCGGCAUCGAAGGCACAAUCCUCCGCUUCCACUCCGCUGAGCAGGGUGGCGAUGUUGAUCUGUGCAGGAUUUCUCAUUGCCUGGAUCCCCUACGCCGUGGUGUCGGUGUGGUCUGCGUUCGGAAGACCCAACUCGGUCCCCAUCAAAGUCUCGGUGAUACCGACCCUGCUGGCCAAAUCAGCAGCCAUGUACAACCCCAUCAUUUACCAGGUCAUUGACUGCAAGUCGGCCUGCUGCCGGCCGCGUGGUCUCAAGCUCAUGCAGAAGAAAAACUCCAUGGAGAAAUCCAGGAGCCACAAAGUUGGUUUCGAACGUCGACGGACCGGAGUUGGUGACAACGCGAUGCCUGCGUUUGGCAAAAAUCUUAGUAACGUGGUAAAAAACCAAAACCACAACCGAAGUUCUGGGUGCUUCUUUGUCGGGAGCAAGAAGAGGAACCAGGGUGAAGGCCACGCAAGCGGUCUGUGGGACAGCGUGUGGGUGCCUCAGCAGCCGGAAAUGCGGGAGUAA